AUGGCUCCGCGAGGAAAACAAAAGCCUGCCAAAUCAGCGGCCUCGAUCAAAGAAGUCGUCAGACCACAAGUGCCAAACUGGCCACCGUUGACUCCUCUGAUUCCUGCCGAACACCUCGCCUUAGAGACUCUGUGUCCAGGCCAGAUUCUUCUCGUGCGGAAUUUGUUCACCUCCAACCUAUGCAAAGCCUAUGUGUCAUUCCUGUCCGCACUUCCCUUGAAUACCACGCCGGGGAACCCUAAACGUGGAGAAGCAGUGCGAGUCAACGACCGUUUCCAAAUCGAGGAUACGGUCUUCGCUAGAAUGCUCUGGGAGCAGAGUGGGCUUCAAUAUCUGGUAGAAUCAUUUGAGGAUCCGACUAUCUUUGGAGGGAAGGUGCUUGGAUUGAAUCCAAAUAUAAGAGUGUACAGAUAUCGUCCAGGCCACUUUUUCGACCCGCAUUAUGAUGAGAGUAAUAGACUACAGUUUGGCGAGGAGAAAGUGCCCGCCAAAACCACUUGGACGCUUUUGAUAUACCUAACAACCUGUGAAGGCGGUGAGACCGCCUUCUACCCGACCGUCCGCAAGAGGGGAGAGAAGACCCCGGACCCUAUCAUGGUGGAACCCGAAGCUGGCAUGGGUCUUCUGCAUAAGCAUGGCGAAGACUGUAUGCUCCAUGCAGGGAGGGAGGUGACGAGUGGUGAGAAAUGGGUUCUGAGAUCUGAUCUGGUGGUGGAGAGGUGA